AGAGGGAGACGAACUUUGAGAGAACAAGGAGGAAGGAGAGAAAAUGGGGUCCACAGAUUACAGUACCUAUAGCCAAGCUGCAGUGCAGCAGGGCUACAAUGCUUACACCGCCCAGCCCACUCAAGGAUAUGCACAGACCACCCAGGCAUAUGGACAACAAAGCUAUGGAACCUAUGGACAGCCCACUGAUGUUAGCCAUACCCAGGCUCAGACCACUGCAACUUACGGGCAGACCGCCUAUGCAACUUCUUAUGGACAGCCUCCCACUGGUUAUACUACUCCAACUGUCCCGGCAUACAACCAGCCUGUCCAGGUGUAUGGCACUGGUGCUUAUGAUACCACCACUGCCACAGUCACUACCACCCAGGCCUCCUACGCAGCUCAGUCUGCGUAUGGCACUCAGCCUGCUUAUCCAGCCUGUGGGCAGCAGCCAGCAGCCACUGCACCUACAAGACCACAGGAUGGUAACAAGCCCACUGAGACUAGUCAACCUCAAUCUAGCACAGGAGGUUACAACCAGCCCAGCCUAGGAUAUGGACAGAGUAACUACAGUUAUCCCCAGGUACCUGGGAGCUACCCUAUGCAGCCAGUCACUGCACCUCCACCCUACCCUCCUACCAGCUAUUCCUCUACACGGCCGACUAGUUAUGAUCAAAGCAGUUACUCUCAGCAGAACACCUAUGGGCAACCAAGCAGCUAUGGACAGCAGCCUCCCACUAGUUACCCACCCCAAACUGGAUCCUACAGCCAGGCUUCAAGUCAAUAUAGCCAAGAGAGCAGCAGCUACGGGUAGCAGAGUUCAUUCCGACAGGACCACCCCAGUAGCAUGGGUGUUUAUGGGCAGGAGUCUGGAGGAUUUUCCAGACCAGGAGAGAACCGGAGCAUGAGUGGCCCUGAUAACCAGGGCAGGGGAAGAGGGGGAUUUGAUCGUGGAGGCAUGAGCAGAGGUGGGCGGGGAGGAGGACACGGUGGAAUGGGCAGUGCUGGAGAGCGAGGUGGCUUCAAUAAGCCUGGUGGACCCAUGGACGAAGGACCAGAUCUUGAUCUAGGCCCACCUGUAGAUCCAGAUGAAGAUUCUGACAACAGUGCAAUUUAUGUGCAAGGAUUAAAUGAUAAUGUGACUCUAGAUGAUCUGGCAGACUUGUUUAAGCAGUGUGGAUUUGUUAAGAUGAACAAGAGAACUGGGCAACCCAUGAUCCACAUCUACCUGGACAAGGAAACAAGAAAGCCUAAAGGAGAUGCCACAGUAUCCUAUGAAGACCCACCUACUGCCAAGGCUGCUGUGGGGUGGUUUGACGGUAAAGGCUUUCAAGAGAGCAAACUUAAAGUCUCUCUUCCUCAGAAGAAGCCUCCAAUGGACAGUAUGAGGGGUGGUAUGCCACCCCGUGAGAGCAGAGGGCUGCCACCACCAUUCCGUGGAGGUCCAGGAGGCCCAGGAGGUCCUGGGGGACCCAUGGGUCGCAUGGGAGGCCGCGGAGGAGAUAGAGGAGGCUGCCUUCCCAGAGGACCCCGGAGUUCCCGAGGGAACCCCUCCAGAGGAGGAAACGUCCAGCACCAAGCUGGAGACUGGCAGUGUCCCAAUCCGGGUUGUGGAAAUCAGAACUUUGCCUGGAGAACAGAGUGCAACCAGUGUGGUGAUCGUGGCAGAGGUGGCCCUGGUGGCAUGUGGGGAGGAAGAGGUGGCCUCAUGGAUUGUGGUGGUCCUGGUGGAAUGUUCAGAGGUGGCCGUGGUGGAGACAGAGGUGGCUUCCGUGGUGGCCGGGGCAUGGACCAAUGUGGCUCUGGUGGAGGAGGAGGAGGUGGCCCUGGGGGGCCCCCUGGACCUUUGAUGGAACAGAUGGGAGGAAGAAGAGGAGGACGUGGAGGACCUGGAAUAAUGGAUAAAGGUGAGCACCGUCAGGAGCGCAGAGAUUGGCCCUAUUAGAUGCAGAGACCCCACAGAGCUGCAUUGACUACCAGAUUUAUUUUUUAAACCAGAAAAUGUUUUAAAUUUAUAAUUCCAUAUUUAUAAUGUUGGCCACAACAUUAUGAUUAUUCCUUGUCUG